AAAACAUAACAAGAAUUCGAGUUGAAAAUUGAAACCAUGUGCCCUACAUACCAACACGACGAUUCAUCUGACCAUUUUUCUCCUAACUAUUCUCCUCCCUACUCUUCAUCUUCUCCGAGUGCUGAAACUCAGAAUCGUCCAUUGCAGCUUUCUUAUAUCCUUCAAUUCAGUGGUGCAACAACAUCAAGAGCUGAUGCUGGUGCAUCAACAUCAAGAGCUGGUGCUGCUGCUUCAACAUCAACUGGAAAUGGAACAUCAACUGAAAAUGGAUUUUAUGAACCAACUGGUGCAUCAACAUCAAGUACAAAUGGAUUUUAUGGACCAACCGGUCCAUCAACAUCAACUGGACAUGGAUUUUCUGGAGAUGCCGGUGCAUCAACAUCGAGUACAAAUGGGUUUUCUGGACCAACUGGAUCUGGAUUUUCUGGACUAUCUAGUGCAUCAACAUCUAGUAGAAAUGGAUUUCAUAGACCAACUGGUGCAUCAGCAUCAAGUGGAAAUGGAUUUUAUGGGCCAGCUGGUGCAGCAGCUAUGGUGCUUGUAAAAGAUGCUGAGGACAGGGAUGAACAUGCAGUCGUGUUGCAUCGAUUUCGCCAAGGGUUGGGAAAUCAAACAAUUAGCGUUGCUCAGUAUCGCGGAUUAAUUUUAGGACUGACCGAAUCGUUAAGGAAAGGAUACACAGAGAUCAGUGUCCAAGGAAACUCUGAACUUGUUAUCAAUCAGUUUUUAGGUAAUUGGGAAAUCGACGAUCCGGAACUAAGGAGCUUAUGUGAUGAGGCUUUGGAGCUGCGUAAUAGCUUUCAAUCAUUUUCCAUCAAUCACAUUGACCAGAACUUAAGCCGCGAAGUUGAUGAUGAAGCAGUUCGGGCCAUUUCUCUCCCAGAUGGUCAAAUUGAAGAAGAACCACAACCACAUGCUUAAUGAUGAUCUGGCAGCAUGCUGUUAUCGAAAGCUAUUCGCAACAUUACAAUCAGCUCACGUUUCUGCCGAGCAAUUUAGCAUGUCUAAUGUCAAAUGUUUGUAAUAUCUGGCAGCAUCCUAUGAUGUUUUGGA